GCUGUCAACUAAAUGAUUCUAAAAGAGCGGCAGUGGUUUUAGAACUGUAGCUCUUCUUGUAUACUAGUACUUUACUUUCACUGGUUCAAUACAAAGAUACUACAAAGUAUAACAUUCUUGUGUUUGUUCCAUAACUUUAAUAGAUCCUCUUUAACAUUGGUUUUGUUAAAUUGAAGAUUGCAUUGUCAAGCAUUGAUUAAGAUAAUAAUUCUGAAGAAUAUCAUGAUCAAGUUGUUCUUAAAAUUUCCUCUUGGAACUUUUUUGACGGCGACUUUAUAUAUGGCAGCAGCAUCCCUUGGAGAAAUUCACGUCGAUUCCAUGUCUGAGGAUUCCAUGACUGAGUACUUGGAUGAAAAGAAUCCACACUAUUCUCUCCCAGCUAUUUUAAAACUUGCCAAAGAGUUGGAUUUCAAGCAAAGUGGAUAUAAGUCCAACAUUCCGAACCCAAAAACUGAGAGAUUUUGGCGGUUUCUAUCUUCUAAUAGUGCUCUGAAUCAUUAUGCCAAAAAACGAAUGACUGACAGCAUAAAAAAGAGGAAAUUUCCGGAAGUCGACUCUCGAGGUUUUGACAGCGAUAUAUUUGACGAAGGAUUCGGUGACUGGUCACCGAUGAAGCGAUGGUGAUAACUUUGAAAAAAUCAUUUUUCUUCAGAUGUGCGCUCUUAAAACAAAUAUAAUUAUUUCAACCAUCUUUUUCAGUCGUUACUAUAUAUUUCCUUUUCAAUUUGGAAAUUGAUAUCGCAAUAGCCUGUUAAAGGGCUUAUUAUGCGUACGAUUUUGAUGAAUUUCUUAAGUACAAUAGCAGAGAAGAAUCUGUAAUCAGUUGUUUUUGUCUGUAUUUUUGACUGUUCAUGUUUGAUCUUAUUCAUAUGUAUAGAAUUUUUCGAGGUAUUUUUCUGUCAUAGGAAAUAAAUUAGUUUUUGUUGA